AAACAAAGAAUACAAUAAAAACAACAGUGCAAAAUAUGUGAACAUCUAUUUUUAUCUCAAGAAAUGAUCUGCUUGCCAAGUGGGGGCAUUUCCCUGAGGGCCAGAAGUGAUCACCUAUAAAUAAUCAGUCACUCAACAGGCAGAGUGGAUAGGAUGCAUAAAAACCUAAUGCAAGAAUGUUCAGAACUACUUCCAUCAGAGUACUAAGUAAGAAAAAUAAAGAUAAAACCUCUCAAGUUAUAGUUUAAUAUGCACACGUGGUCUUAUUUGAAAGGAACACCUCUUUAAUAAGGUCUAAAAAAAGGCCAUGUGAACUUUUCUCUUUCUACUCCAUGGUAACUUUAGCAAAGGCUUACUCUCCUUAAGGUUUCCUUUUAGGGUCGUCAAGUCAUUAACCAGUAAAGCAAUUCAUGAAGAAGUUGAGAUGCUAUGUUGUCAGCUGCUGAAAUCAGCAACAUUUGGGGGAUACAGAUCCCCUGCUCCCCCCUUAUUCAGGAAUUCUAGUCCUGUCCUGACCUAGUAGCUGAACUUGCUCCCAGGGCACUAGACAAAGAGUUAUAAUGAAUUGUGUGAGUGAGGAAGCCUUGGGAAGACCAUGCCUACCUCUUGUUUCUGCUGGUUGGCUGUAACCAUAGCAACCCCUUACUCCAGACCAAAGUUCAGUGACUAUAAGUCUUUAUGACCAUGUUCAUAGUCCAGAGCUUGUUAGUAUAGCCCUUCCUAUGAAGAGCAAGCUUUUAUAGUUUAGAACAAAUUAUUAGACUCCAUUUCUAAAUUCUGGACUUCAAAUGAUAAGGUCCAAAAAUCUUACAAAAAAUAUAAUUUUUUUACCCUAGGGCCCUUAUUUUCCUGAGAAAAUGCCUACGACAAAGAAAACAUUGAUGUUCUUAUCAAGCUUUUUCACAAGCUUCGGAUCUUUUGCUGUAAUUUGCGCUGUUCUUGCGACUCAAGAAUGGAUCAGCAGUACCAUUGACAUUACUGACUCCUCUUCCAACGGCAGUGUCGAGAUCUCCUACGGACUCUUUCGUGGUGAGAGCACUCGUGAGCUUCAUGGACUUGCAGAAUCUGGCAAACACUUUGAAGUUUUAGGGACAUUGAGCAAUUCUUCCCCUAAAACUCUGCAUUCAGUGGUUAUCCUGUUCCUGGUCCUCAGCUUGUCGACUUCGCUGCUGAGCUCUGGGUUCUCCUUCUACAACAGCGUCAGCAACCCCUAUCAGACGUUCCUGGGGCCCAUUGGGGUCUACACCUGGAGUGGGCUCAGCGCAUCCUUCGCUCUCCUGGCCAUGGUGCUGUUUGUGGGGAACAUCCAAUCCAAUCACCUCUCGGAAGAGCUGACCCAGAUGCUUUACCCACGCUAUCCAUCAGCCACUCACAGAGGAGCGACCCACAGAUAUGGGCGCUCAUUUUGGCUCGUGCUGCUCAACAUCCUUCUAGAUAUUGUCACCGUGGUCAUCAUCUUUUUCUACCAGAAGGCCAGAUACCAGCAGAAGCAGGAGCAGAGAAAGCCAAUGGAAUAUGCUCCAAGGGAUGGAAUUUUAUUCUGAAUUCUGGUUUAUGUCAUGUUGUCAUCCAGUCUGUCAGACCUCAGCUCCCUGAGCAAUAACUGGUUAGCUGGUCUGGACUAGCAGCAUGGUUACGUGCAGCCCUGGUUGCCUGCCAUUUUUAAUAGUUUUUGUAUCUCAUGACACUAUGUUCAUCAUAAAUGAUGUCCUUUUGAAAGGGGUCCUUCCCACAACGGCGGGGAAUCGGAAAGGAGAGCUCCCCACCCAUGUAUCGUGCAAAGUGGUCCAAUCACUAUGAGCCUGGGGACCCUUCCGACCCGGUCUCACCACCUGAAAUAAUAAAGCUCUGUGUCACACA